CGCUCCGUGCUGUCUCCUCUCUCUCUCUCUCUCUCUCUCUUUCCCUCUCGACGGCAGCGGCGGCUUCGGCGGCGCGGCGGAGGCGGAGAUGGCCCACCGGCUGCUGCGGGACGCGCAGGCGGACGGGUGGGAGCGUUCCGACUUCCCCAUCAUCUGCGAGUCCUGCCUCGGCGACAACCCCUACGUUCGCAUGUUAAGAGCAGAAUACGAUAAAGAGUGCAAAAUAUGUGCACGUCCUUUUACUGUCUUCCGUUGGCGACCUGGCCGGGAUGCAAGGUACAAGAAGACAGAGAUCUGCCAGACUUGUUGCAAACUGAAAAAUGUCUGCCAGGUCUGCCUUCUAGAUCUUGAAUAUGGUCUGCCGGUCCAGGUCAGGGAUACAGCACUUUCUACUAAUUCAAACGAUGCAAUCCCAAGGAGUGACGUGAACCGCGAGUACUUUGCAGAAGAGCAUGAUCGCAGGGCCAGAGCUGGAAUUGAUUAUGACUCUUCCAAUGGUAAGGCACGUGCCAACGACACCAUUCUGAAACUCCAGAGAACAGCGCCAUAUUACAAGAGGAAUCGAGCCCAUGUCUGUAGUUUCUAUGUGCGUGGUGAAUGUACAAGAGGUGCUGAAUGCCCUUAUCGACAUGAGAUGCCUGAAACUGGAGAGUUAUCUCAGCAGAACAUCAAAGAUCGUUACUACGGAGUUAACGAUCCAGUUGCUUUGAAGCUUUUGAGUAAGGCUGGUGAGAUGCCAUCCCUGACACCCCCAGAUGAUGAGAGUAUAAGGACACUUUACAUUGGUGGCCUUGAUAGUCGAGUCACUGAGCAGGAUUUGAGGGAUCAAUUUUAUGCCCAUGGUGAGAUUGAGACCAUAAGAAUGGUUCUGCAGCGUGCUUGUGCAUUUGUGACUUACACUACAAGAGAAGGUGCUGAGAAAGCUGCAGAGGAGCUCGCUAACAAGUUAGUCAUCAAGGGUGUGCGUCUGAAGCUCAUGUGGGGCAAGCCUCAAGCACCAAAACCGGAGGAAGAUGAAGCUGGGAGGCAAGGGCAUGUUGCACAUGGAGGAAUGCUCCCUAGGGCUGUAAUAUCUCAGCAGCAGAGUGGUGACCAGCCUCAACCUCCUGGGAUGGAAGGCCAGCAGCAACCUGCUUCGGCAUCAUACUACUUCAACAUUCCAGCACCGCCAGCGGCAGAGCGGACACUGUACCCUUCGAUGGAUCCCCAGAGGAUGGGUGCCUUGGUCGAGUCACAGGAGGGCGAUGGCAAACCAGGUCCACAGCAGGCUGGGCAAGGUCAGGCAUCAAGCAGCUCAGGACAGAGUUAUCCUGAGCCGCCACCACCAUAUUACCAUGGUGGUCAGUAUCCCCCCUACUAUCCACCUUAUGGCGGUUACAUGCCCCCACCUCGCAUGCCAUACCAGCAGCCACCACAGUACCCAGCUUAUCAACCUAUGCUGGCACCACCAGCACAGUCGCAAGCUAGCUCAUUGCAACAACCAGCACCGGCAACGCAGCAGCUGGGUCAAGGCCCUCAGCAACAGACAACCCAGAACGGAAUGACUUAAUCUUUUAUUGGUAAUGUUGUAUUCCUGGAAUCUGUUCUGUGGGAGAUUGUAACCCUUGUUGGUAACCGGUUUUUGUAUGUUCUAAUUUGUGAUUAGCAGUAAAACUACCCAGUAUUGCUUAUCUGAAUCAAAAACUGAGGAACAUGCUGGAUCUUGUCCAGCCAUUAAAUUUUGUUCCGUUAACUGGGAAUUGGAACUUACUCAUUA